AUGGCAUCAAUUUUACCUAAAACCUUAACACAAAAUUUGAAAUCGAGAUCUCCGUUUCGAGAUCUAUCGAUGUUCUUGAACAAAGAUGGACCAGUAUGGUUAACAAUUAAAUCACUUACUAAUGGCCUCGGAGAUCAAAAAGUCAAUUAUGCAAUUAUUGGCGGGUUAGCCGUGUAUGCACAUGGUUAUAAACGAACAACUCAUGAUUGUGAUAUUUUGUUAUCUAGAGCUGAUUAUGAAAAAUUUAUGACAAAACUUGCGAAUCUUGGUCUCAAACCAAAAUUCCAGGGUGCAAGAAAAAAGUUUAUUUUUACAAGUACCGAAAUAUCUGUUGAUGUUGUUAUAGAAGGAGAAUAUCCAGGUGAUGGUUCAAUUGGACCAAUUUCGUUUCCGAAUCCGAAAGUUUGUCAAGAAAAUAUUGAUGAUAUGAAGGUUAUUUCAUUACCGAAACUAAUCGAUUUAAAAUUAACAUCGUACAAACGUUUGCCUACUGCUCGUCUAAAAGACUAG